AUGCCUUAUUUAUGGCUAUCCAGCAAAAAAAUCUCGGGACUCGCAUCGGACGACGAGGACGGUUAUCACGAUAUCCCAGCAGGGGCUUUGGAUGGCCAUGUACGGUUUUACAACGCGACGACUGGUGUGGGCGAACAACUGGGCGGCGGUGCGCGGCGUUUCUUGUUUUUCUUUUUCUUUUUGUCCGAUGACGGCACUCUGCAACCUCCUAUGCGUGCUCGCCGUUUCGGAUGA